UGUUCCUAGCAUGUUUCCACCGGAAUUAUUUAAGUGACGGACAGAGGCUUGCCUUUUACAAAAUGACAGCUGAGAAAGAAAACACGAGUUUGAAUGUCACUACUGCAAUUGUGACAGAUAACGACGACAAACUACAGCUAAUGAAAGGUGCAGCUUUCCUGACGACUGUCGCAUCUGCUGGGAUGAUAGCAGGAUUCGGCUCCACGUUAGCCUUGGCCAAGAAAAAGAGUCCAGGCUGGUUUAGCAAGGGAACGAUGGCCACUGCUGCAGUACCGGAGACUGGGGCGUCCCUGGCUCUCCGUGCCCUGGGGUGGGGCUCUCUCUACGCCUGGUGUGGAGUGGGCCUGCUCAGUGUCGCAGUCUGGAAAGCCAUGGGGGUCCAUAGUCUAACAGAGUUCAGGCAGAAGAUGCAGUCUGUUUUCCCAGCUAUUCCCAAAAACGAGGAAGGACCGGCCAACUCGGAGGAAUGGGACUCCAUCUUCAAGUCUGAAGAGAACAACAGAUCUAGCUGACAUUUUCCCUGUCUGGUUCAGGGCAGCCUUAAUAAACCACUGUGAUUUAAACAACAAUUACUGUGGCACGGGGCUGUCGGUCACUGUGUUGAGAAGGAAAGGAACUUGAGGAGCUUGGCAUCCACUGGCUGUACUUGCAGGUUACUGGGCUCAUUCACCGAUGCUCAUCUGAAGUCCAUGAAGAGUACUCGUUGUGUGGAAGAGAAAUCAUGAACUAAACUAUUGGAUUGAGGCAUCAUGGUUAAGCUCCCUUGGAUAAUCUUGAUUUCUGAUCACGGGAGCGCAAGGACUGUCUUGUACUAGUAUAGGCUUAGUGCCAGUCUGUGUGCUCUUGCCAACUCCAUGGCUCGUUGUCAAGCAAAAUAUUUUUUGUCAUGCCAAAGAGUGACGACUUAACAUGAUAGGGCAAACAGACUAGCACAGUAUUACUAGGCAGCAACUGCUUUCUAAUAUUCUAUUCCAAGCACGUUCAACAGAACUCAAAUUAAGGCCACCAGAUGGAUUACAUUUUCAAUCUGUGGAUGUUUGGAUUUCUUCAUAGGCCAUCAUGAUAUAAUUGACACUUCUAUUUUUGUUCUAUGAAACAAAAAAAGCUAAAUGUGUUUGCAGUUCUGAAGACAGUGAAGGCUGGCCAGCUGAAUGUGAGGCACCUGCCUGGUUUCACUUAAAACAGAUUGAACCAUCAUCCAAUGUAACACCUAUUUAAGUGUUUGCCGUCAGCUAUUCCCAUGAAAGACGAGUAUCAAAGCGAGAACAGACCUGAACUAUUUUAAACUGUCCUGGCUAGCCGUAUAAAUACAUGUGCGUGUGACUGCCGCCCUUGAUGUUUUCACACACACACACAGUUGAAAGAGCGCAUCAUGCAAACAUUUGAUGCCACAGCUGUGAUGUGGAGCACGGUGUUGGUUACAGCUGAACUGACACUUUAUCUGUGUAUGAGGAUGUUAUUUCUGUCGUGCAUAUGAUCAUUCCUUGCCCGCUGUGCUAAAUAAACUACUGUACUUAUCUAUAGUCUGAUAGGUUGCAGUUAUGUAACAGAACAUGCCAUUUAGCAGAUGCUUUUAUCCAAAGCGACUUAGUCAUGAAUACAUGCAUUUUUUGUUUUAUGUGGUUGGUUGUGAUACUUUGUAGAGGAGAUUCUGCAAGGCUUGGACAAUGGAAGUGAAUAAAAACAUUUGGCCAUA